UCGAGAAAUACCAAUCGAGCUCCUCCGCAAACAGCUACCGCAUUCUUUCAAUCAUUGAUCAAGUUGAACACACAUUCAUCUUAUCUUGCUUGUAUAAUCACCAACAAAACAAGAUUUAGUAGUACUCUAUUAUAGUCUUUAUAGUAUUUUGCUUGGUUUUGAGUAGAUCAUUUGAUUUAUUGGCAUAUUCAAAUUAGCUUCUUGUUGAGCUGAAAGCCAAUAUACAAGGCCAGAGUAGAUAUGGCUCUGGAAUUGAUCGGAGGAGCAGUAUUUGCAGUGCUGUAUGAUGGCGUUAAGCAAGCUAUGGGUAGGACUGAGACGUUCAAAGAGCUCCUCAGAGAUCUCAAGUUCACCUUGGAGUGUUUAAGACGGCAGGCCACGGCCAUCCAACAGAUAGGCCAGUAUAACGUGGAAUUGGGUCUCCCAAACGAUGAGAUAGAGGAACUUGAAAGACAAAUGCACAGCGGAACACUACUCGUGGGGAAGCUGUUGAAUUUUCGGUGGUGGAACUACUGCUGCAUAAAUUGUUACACCGACCAACUAGUCGACUUGGAUAGGUCCCUAAGAAGACUGUUGGAAAACCUCAUGUUGCAGGAGAUAAGGGACGUGAAGGAGAUAUUGGAUCUGUCGAGGAAAAGCCGCAAGGAGCUUGAAGAAGUGAAGGAGGCACAGUUGAGUAUGCACAAGUUACUGCAGCAGAUAGCAGGAGUAGUUGUAAUGGAAGAGGCCUCAACUUCGGCUGCUGCAGGAGGAGGUGCUAUUGAGAUGGUGCCGAAUCAAAAUGAAGGGAAUGGCGGCAUUCAAGUGGCAUCAUUAGAUGGAGGGACAGGGACUGCUCUAGGAGCAAUAUUUGGGAUGCUACUUGAACUCGUUAUAGAAGUGAAGGACAAGAAUGUGAUGUUUAAGCCUCUGCUCCAAGAUCUCAAAUCCACUUUAGAAUCCUUAAAACCAUUUGUCGAGGAGAUGGCACAGCAUAACAAGGUAUUGUAUCUCCCACAGGAGAAACUCAAAAGAUUUGCAGUGAAAAUGGAGAAUGGAGUAAAGCUCGUUUGCAAGUGCUCUAAGGUUCGUUUGUGGGCAAGCUACAAAAAGUACAAAUACACCAACAAACUUCUUGGAUUGGAUAGGUUUUGCCGGAUACAGGCAAGUCUACUGAGAGAGCAGGUAGCAAGGGAUGUAAGGGAGACGUCGGCUUCCAUUAGGAAUGUCAAGGAAGAGAUGUUGGUUUUGUUAAGUAAUACAGAGAUGGUGAUCAAGCGAAUGAAAUUUAGCACUGGUGUUGCACAAAAAUCCUUUGAUAAGGCUCGAUCGUCAAUCCCUGAAUGCUAUGAAACAGUGGCUGAUGAUCAAAGGCGUAAAAAUGUUGAGUUUAAGGGACAUAUCCGACCCAUAGCAGGAGGAGCUCCCUUCAUAAUUUGUUAUAAAUGCUCAUACCCCCUGCAGAUACCUGCAGGUUUUCACCUUUCUAGGAGAUGGCAGAAACUCAGAUGUGGUGCUUGUUCGGCGGUUCUUAAGUUUUCACUCAGAAUGAAAUCUCAUUUUGUCCCAUAUGAAGUAUGGAGUGCCAAAGAGCCUCCAACAGCUGAGGAUGACAGAAACCUGGCUUCAACAUCUCAACAAUUUGAUAGUCAACAUGCGGAUCCCGAGACAUAUUCUGAUGAUUUCGUUGACAAAAGCACCUUUACCCAAGUAAAUACUGGAACACCCUCUGAUUCUAUCCAAUGCGUUUCCGAAACAUCGGAAAUCUGGACCACCGAUUUAGAAAGCAGAGAUGAAAGUAUGUCUUCCCCAGCAUCAUUCAGGGGCGUACCUGAUAGGAGCACAAAGAAACAUUGCCUGGUGGGACUCUUGGAAACAACAACGAUGGAAUCAGAAAAUGAAGCAUUUAAGACUGUUGAUACGGUAAAUUUACCCAUCAACCGAGCUGACCUCGUUGAAGGAUUUGACAUGGAAAUAGAGCCUAGAUGAGCUUGGAGCCUCAAAGAUCUACAUCAGAUGUAGAUCUUUGAUCGACUCAAAGAUCUUCCAACCUUCUUCUAACAACCCAGCAUGGUUGCACGCUGUCAGAUACCAAUAUAUGUUUCACGGUUUGGUUCAAUAAAUUCUUCUUUCAUCUUCCUCAUUAGCUUGACAGCUUCCAUUCCCUGACCAUGAGCCGCAAACCCUUAAAUCAAUGUAUUGUAGGAAACCACGUCUUGUUUUCUCAUUUCGUUGAAUAUUCUCUUUGGAUCAUCCAUGCUUCCACAUUUAGAGUACAAGAAUAUCAAAGAAUUGUAUACUGAUAUGCUUAGAUUGAUAUGAUGUUUUGUGACAAAGUUGACAGCCCAAUUUCCUAUUUCCAA